GUACCUUACACUGUUUUAACUCCAAUCUCUCUCGCGCUCUCUGGCUCUCUCUGGCUCUCUCUCGCUCUCUCUCGCUCUCUCUCUCUCUCUCUCUUUGCAUUGUAUAUUGAUUCUUAUUCUUUCACCUCUAUCUAACAACCCGCUUCAAUGUCUCUCUUCCUUUAUAUAUAAAUGUAUAUAGAUGUGGCUAUCCGCAGUGUCUGGAAACAGAAUCACUUGGUGUGUCACCGGACCUUUGUUGACAUGUAACAAGUCUGAACAAAACUUCAUGGUCUCACAGUAUGGACCUGAAGAGGUUGACAAGGCAUGUCAACUGAUUGAGGAUCUCGAGACUCCCUUUGGAGGGAAACUUGGUGAUCUGAUUGCAGAGACGCCAAGAGAGAAUAUCACAAAGAUCUUGGUUGAAGAAAAGCAUUACAAGACAUGGUAUCAUGGACGAACGGUCUUGAUUGGUGAAGCCUGCCAUAAGUUUGUAUCUUUUGCAGGCCAGGGUGCAGAACAAGCGAUAUUGGAUGCAGUUUGUUUAGCAAAUCUGUUCAGCAAGAUCCAAAGUCCCUAUCCUCUAGAAGCUAUCGUAGAAGCCUUUGAGGCUUAUCAGGAGACGCGUUUGCCAUUGAUCAAGAUUUGUAUGCAAUCAGCAGGUCAGACUGCCAAAGCACUCAAUGACCAAGGCCUGGCAUCUGACAUGAAACGGAGGAUCCUCUUUAAUUUACCACUGUGGAUGCGAGUCAUGUCAGUCGAUAAAACACAAGUGAGACCACAGCUUGAGUUUCUACCUUUUGUCCCAGAUCGGGGGUCAAGGUCUAUAAGGACAGCAAGCCUUAAGAGCGUAUAAUAAUAAUAUACACCACAUAUCUACAUAUUUAUACAGUAUUUAAUAUUUAAUAUUUAAUAUUUAAUAUUCCUCUCUCCCCCUACCUUUACUCCUUGACAUAUUCCAUCAUUCACGACAUUUUUAUUUUAUCAUACCAUUCCACUCUUAACGUUGCUUUCAUAGAUUUUGUGUCCCCCCUCUUGUAUAUACUAUCGCCCUUAAGACAAGCCACCCUUUGUUUUCUUUUUUUUAAAAAAAAAAAUAAAAAAAUAAAUAAAAG